AUGGCACGCUUUUGUCUCGUGUCUCUUGCCUUCGUGGCGCUGGCGCUGCCGGCGAGUGCAAACCCGCCGCCGAUGGUCAUGAGCAAAAAGGAGGCUCCACCCCCAGUGGUCAAACAGGAGGUUUGCGAGACGGUACCGUACCAAGUCCAGGCUACUUGCUACAAGGAUGUGACAAAGAAGGAAGCAUACUCGUGCCCGGAGACACUGGAGAAAGAGGUUUGCAAGAACGUGCCUGUACAGGUUCCCGACACCUGCUACAAGCAGGUCUCCCAGCAGGUUGCAUACUCGUGUCCGCAGACACAGCACAAAACCGAGUGUUAUGAGGUGGCGAACACUUGCACCAAGACUGAGUAUGUGAUGGAGGCAUACGAAUGUGGAAAAGAAGCUUGCAAAGCUGUGCCAGUCCAGGUGCCCAACACUUGCUACAAGACAGUCCAGGAACAGCAAGCGUAUUCGUGCCAGAAGACCAAGCCCGAGCAAUUCUGUGCCGAGGUGCCGUACACUGUCGCCAAAACAUGCUUCAAGGACGAUGUGAAGACGGUACCUUACACCUGCUCCAAGACCGAGUACAAGGAACAGUGCAGGCAAGUGCCCUUUCAAGUGGAGAACACUUGCUACAAGACUGUAAUGCAGCCACAGGAGUAUCCCUGCACAAAGACCGCCUUCGAGGACAGCUGCUCUGAUGUUGCCGUGCAGGUUCCAGACACGUGCUACAAGCCAGUGCAGCAGCAGAAGCCGUACAAAUGCAAGAAGACUUUGACAAAAACACAAUGCACUAAGGUCCCCAUUGAGGUCCCAAGCACCUGCAGCAAGACUGUUAUGACGAAAGAGGCGUACGAUUGCUCCAAAACAGAGUAUAAGACCGAAUGUACCGAGGAAGUCGCCCAAGUGCCCUGCAUGGGCAAGGAAUGCAAGCUCAGGCAGCUCAAGAAGCAGCGUGUCUGCCGCCAAGUUCCGUUCACAAGCAAGAAUGUCUGCUACAAGGAGGUGCCCACUACACAGUCUUACAAGUGUUCGAAGACUGAAUACACUGAACAGUGCCAGGAGGUGCCGUAUGAAGUGCCGGAAACCUGCUACGAGACGAUCACUGUGCAGCAGCCGUACAAAUGCUCAAAGACUGAAUACAAGCAGCAGUGCAAGAAGGUCCCUGUUGAGGUUCCACACACUUGCACGAAGCAAGUUCCAGUCAAAGAAGCGUACUCGUGUCCCAAGACAGAGUACAAGCAAGAAUGCCAGAGCGUCCCCGUCCAGGUUCCGGACACGUGCUACAAGCAAGAGCCCAUCAAGGUGCCAUACAGCUGUCCCGAGACGAAGUACCAGUCCAAAUGCGAAACGAAGAUGGUCCCCUAUGAGGAUACUUGCUACAAGACUGUGCCAGUCAAGCAGGCCUACGCUUGUACCAAGACUGUUAUGGAGCAGCAGUGCGCCUUUGUUUCUAAGACCUGCCAAAAGAAGGUGCCAACGCAGGUGCAGUACUCUUGCCCGAAGAAGGAGUGCAAGCAGGUGGCCUUCCAGGUUGAGAAGACUUGCUACAAGGCCGUGCCAACUCAAGAAGCAUACAAGUGCUCCAAGACUGUGUUCGAGAACCAAUGCGCCACGCAGUCGUACACAGUUCCCAAGACUUGCUACAAGGACCAUGUCAAACAACAGGCAUAUCCGUGCAUGGAAACCAAGUACAGGACCCAGUGCAAGACGAAAAAGGCAGUGGCGCCCCCGCCCCCGCCUCCCGUCAUGCUCUCUAAGAAGGGCAUGUAA